AUGAAUCGGUCAAACAAUAUCAAAAAUGUAGAUAAUAAAGGCGUAUCAAAAAUUUACAAAAUAUUUGAAGAAAUAUAUUUGAAAGCACCCACUUUUUUAAAGGAUCUGUCGGACAAUGGUAUUGAUAAUAUAGAAUCCAUACGUGAGCAAAUUGAUUUUAAGAAAAUUGAUACAAAAUUUAAAAAUGGAGAAUACUGCAACAUUACUGAUGCAAUAAAAGAUAUAAGGACAGUAUUCUUAAGCUGCUAUUCAUUUUAUGGUGCUAGAAGUAAUCAUACUAAACAAUCAUUAGAACUUGAAGAACUAUUAGAAGAAAAAAUUAGCUACCUUGAUAAAAAUUACAAAUUACUGGCUGAUGUUAAUCUUACAUUAAAUUUGCUAAACAUGGAAGGAAAAUCUAGUUCCAAAUUGAGAUAUCCAAAAGAUUGUUAUGAUUCAGUAUUAUUACGAAGUGUUGCACAUUGUCGCUCUGAACGAUUAAAAAAGUAUCAUAAAACAUUAUCUACUACUCUUACCACAGAUAAAGAUGAUGCCCAUAGAUUAGAAAAAAUAUUAAGUUGGGAAAAUAAAGUUAAUUUUAAUGAUGUAUUUCAUCAAUAUAUAAGUUCAAUGUGGGAGCUACCAGAAAUAGGUAAUUUUCUGGCUAUUUUAUUUAAAAAACUUGAUCUUAGUAUUAUUAACCAAGGUGAAAUUGAAAGAAUGUUUUUAAUGCCUAAAGAAUCUACAACUAUGGGUAAAGUAAUGACUACUCUUUUGGAUCCAAGAAAAAAAACCAAAUGUAUUGGUCCAGUAAUGCCAUAUAAGGUUUGGUCUGAAAAACUUUCAAAGAAAGUAUCAGAUUGGUGUAAAGUAUACCAUACAAAAAAACAAAAUAAAGUCAUUGCAAUGGAUUUACUGGGCAUCCAUCCAGAUUUUUGGACUGUUGUGAAUGAAAAAAAUCCUUUAAUUGAAAAAGACUACAGUGAACUCUCGUAUUUCAUAAAAGUUUGGCUUGUAAAAGGACUUUGUGAUUAUGUUACUAUUAAAUUUAAGACUAUAAAUGAUAUUAUAACCAAUUGUAAUGCAAGACAAUGUACAAUAUGGAAGAACGAUUUGGAAACUGAGGAAUAUUUCUAUUUUGAUUCAAUGCCAGAUUUAAGGAUAUAUUAUUAUAACAUUCCGUAUGAUGAACCUUGUCUUGAAUUUCUCGAAUCAGUAAAAACUGAUGAUGAAGUAGUACAAUUUAAAGAUAAACUAAUUAUGAAUGGUUUUUCAGAGUGUUUUCAUACGAUACAAAAAGGAAAGAAUUUUAAGCUUAUUGCUGAUUCGGUAGAAAGUCUUCGGGCUUUUUUUGAUGAAUUGGAUAUGGAAGGAAAAUCAGUUCCUGAAAGUUUGAUAAGCUCUCUUGAGAAUUUUAUAGUUAAUAUUGAACCGGAAGAAUAUAAUUACAUUGCCAUGAACAAUGAUUCUAAAGUACAAUUAUUUAAGGACUGGGUAUCAUAUUCAGAUAGAAUUCAGAAGGAUAAAGAUAAUAUAUCAGUUUGGGAAGAGAAAGAUUCUAAGUCAAUAGCUAAAACUAAAAAUGAAGAAUUAAUUAUUGCUGAGAAACGUCAAAGAAAAUUGAUUGUACAGCAAAAUGUUGAUAUAAUUUAUGAAUCUGAUGAAUAUGUUAGUGAAAAUGAUAAAUCCUUAUCUGAUUUUACUGAUUCCGAAGAUGAAUGGGGUGCUAUGAAUCAGUCUAAGUUUAAAGUCAAAAAACCAAAGCAGACCCCUUCUAAUUUUUUUCUUGAACUAGAAGAGCGAGGAAAGAAAGCUGGGAAAAUGUUAAAAUAUGAUACUAAUCAGAGUGAUGUAAAGCAAUAUGAAGAUAAAAUUUCAAAACGCAGUACACCUAAAAUGUGUAAGACUAAUAACAAAGAUAAAUCUAUCAAAUCAGUUAAAUUACUGAAAACUCAAAAUGAAUGGAAAAUAUGUAGUAGUAAUACCAAUAAUAACCAAGUAACAUUACCAUUAGCUAAUGAUAAUAAUAAAGUCAAACAACCUCUACAAACACCUCCUAAACGUUUUAAACUAGACAAGCAAUUGAGGGAAGAAAAUACUAUUUUAAAAAACGGCCCAAUUAAAGGGAUGGAUAAGAAAGAUAAAAAGAUAAAAUCAUUUAAAUUACUAAAAACUCAAAAUAAAAUAAAAUGUAGUAAUAAUACUAAUACAUUUGUUAAUGGUCAUAAUGAAAUAUUGGUUGGUACUAAAAAUAUAGAAACUGUUUGUAGUAAUGAAGAAGUUGUAUUAAUUGAUAGUGAUAAAGAAGAAAGCCAAAAACCGUAUGAUGGUUUAAGACAAGUAAAAAUUAUAAACCUAGAUGAAUAUAUGCAAAAUGAUUGUGAAGUUUUUAAUGAUAAUUUUGAAUCAUCAACUUGUACUGAAAAUAAAAAUAGAAAAUCCAAUAAACAAAAGAAUCAUAAACAAAUAGAAUCGUCUGUUAUUUCAAUAGAAGAUGAUUCUUCAACUAUUAUUAGUGAUGAAGAAGAUGCUGUUCAAUUUAUUUCGAUGAAUGAAAUACCUAAGUGUUCACCUUUAAAAAAAAAUAAACUUGGUAGCUUAAAAACUCAUUUAAAUAAAUCAUACAACUCUGUUUCUGCAAACAGGCAAAUAAUCCCUACCAAUUAUAUUAAUCAUAAAGCAAAAUCAUCUAUAAUAGAUAAGCUUUCACAAAACGUUACUAUUAUGCCAGCUAAUGUUAUUAUACCAAAAGGCAUUGAGGUCACUAUGGUUAAAACUCCACAGACAAGUAUAGACUCCAAUUUCAAUUUAGUUAAAAGGAAGUCAACCAUGUCAAAUGGCCAUCCACCAGAUAAUCCUUCAACAAUUAAUGUGAAAUGUGAACUUAUUUCAAAGCCAGAUUUAAACGGGGAAGUUACGUUUUAUGUUAGACUACCCAAUGGAGAAGAACAUGUUGGUCCUAAUGAGCUUAUCAAUCAAUACCUUAAAGAGCACAACAACCAAUUACCUGACUAUUGGUUGGUAACUUUACCAGUAGAAGUUGCCAAACAAUAUGGUUUUAACUAA